CUGACACCGGUCUCAUCAUCACUGCUUCUUUGCAUCAUUGAAAGAAGAGACAAGUGGGAGAUCUGAAGAUUGCAGCCAAUACCUUUGCACAUUGAGGAAACCAAUCAAGUUGAGUCAUGAAGAUAGUCGUUGCAUUUCUAUUUCUCUUUGGACUGGCCAUCAGCAUUCAAGCUGCCAGAAUUCCAGAAGAUGCAAAGCAGGCUGAAGACCCAUCUGCAAUUGAAAUGGACGCCAGUGACAACGAAAGCGACGAAGCGUCAAUGGACCCAAGUGUGAUCUAUCCAAAAGGAUACGGCCUUGGCUACAACGGUCUUGGCUACGGCGGUUAUGGCGGUUAUGGCGGCUACGGCUACGGAAAAGGCUACGGAGGCUAUGGCGGUUACGGCUACGGAAAAGGUUACGGAGGCUAUGGCGGCUACGGAGGUUAUGGUGGUUACGGCAAAGGCCUUGGCCGCGGAUAUGGUUGGGGCAGAGGUUAUGGCAAAAGGAUUUAUGGAAAGUAAAUGAGAGCUGAUUUAGAGAACUGAGAAGACAAUAGACUAUAUCUAUAUCAAGCUAGACUUGAACAACCUUUGCUCAACAAAUCUAAAUCUAAAUCAAUCUAGAAUUAUGCAGAAUUAUUUAUGAAGUAUUUGUUUAACCACAUGUAUGAAAGCCAUCGUUAUUGCUUCCAGUACGCCAAAA